UCGAGAGUUAUCGUUCUUGUUCACUGAAAACUUGCAUCGACAGUAAAUUCAGUUGAAAAUGAUCAGUGACAGCGACGAAGACGACGUUGCAAUUACAGAGAAAUAUGUAAAAAAUAAUGACGCUUUAAAGAGAUUCGGUUGGGCAGACCUGCCCCUUAGACAUUACCAGCUAUCAGGGGUAAACUGGCUGGUGGACUGUACAAAGAAAGGGCAUGGAGCUAUCCUUGGGGAUGAAAUGGGACUGGGUAAAACUUGUCAGACGAUAGCCUUUCUAACAUACCUGAAGAAGUCGAAUCAACACAGUCUUGUCGUGUGUCCACGGUCAGUGUUAGAAAACUGGGGCGAAGAGUUUCAUAGAUUUUCACCAUCCUUGAAAAUUCAGACAUAUGUUGGAGAUAAAGACAAACGACAUGAACUUGCAUCUAAUAUAAAACGUGAUCUAAAAAAGGGGAGAGAACCCUUUGAUAUACUUCUCACAACAUAUGAGCUGUGCCUGAAAGACGAUGCUUUUUUCUCUUCCAUACCCUGGAGAGUUAUAGUUGUGGAUGAAGCUCAUCGUCUGAAGAACAGUGAAUCUUUGCUGUAUCAAACAUUGUCCGAUUGGGACAUUGACUACAGAGUGCUUUUGACUGGGACGCCAGUGCAAAAUAAUCUGAGUGAGCUCUACUCUCUGCUCAGCUUCGUGGCUCCGAGAAUUUUCAGGUUAUCGGGCCAAGAAAAAUUUGUUAACAAGUACAAAGAUGUCGCUAAAAAUAAAGGUAAAUCAGAGCUUCACGAGGUGCUUCAGCCCUAUCUCUUACGGAGGACCAAGGAGGCCGUCCUAAAAGACCUGCCCAAGAAGUCAGAAAUUGUGAUGUAUCAUGGGAUAUCUAAGGUCCAGAAAAAACUGUACAAAGCUAUCCUUACAAAAGAUAUCAGUGUUUUCGCAGACACAAAUCGACCGGGAGGCGGAUCUCCCAGACUCAUGAAUAUUCUAAUGCAGCUCAGAAAAUGUGUCAAUCAUCCAUACUUGUUUGAUGGUGUGGAACCAGAGCCCUUUGAGUUGGGAGAACACCUCGUUGAAGCCAGUGGUAAACUGAUUUUAAUUGACCAGUUAUUGAAUUACCUACAAAGCAAUGGACACAAGGUUCUACUGUUCUCACAGAUGACCCACAUGUUGGACAUACUACAGGAUUACCUUGGAUACAGAGAAUACAGCUAUGAGCGUCUGGAUGGAUCAGUCCGAGGGGAGGAGAGGUUUCUUGCCGUCCAAAACUUUAACAAGAACACGGAGACGUUCGUCUUUCUGUUAAGCACCAAGGCAGGGGGUCAGGGCCUGAAUCUAGUCAGUGCAGAUACUGUCAUUUUUGUGGACAGUGACUUCAAUCCUCAGAAUGAUCUCCAAGCUGCAGCCCGGGCCCACAGAAUAGGACAAACAAGACCGGUGAAGAUAAUCCGUCUGGUAGGAAGAAACACCGUGGAGGAAAUCAUUCUGAAGCGAGCAGAAGACAAACUGAAACUAACGGAGAAAGUGAUAGAGGAGGGCGAGUUCUCCCUGGGGCUCAGUAAACAGUCUCUAAUUGCUGACCAACAUGUGCCAUUACAGGACAUCCUGAAGUUUGGAGUAGACACUCUGUUAAAUGAUGAUGAUGCCACAGACUCAAACAUUGACUUUGCUAAAAUCCUUGGUCCUUCUGUCAGUGGUGAAUGGCAGUUGGAAGAGGAAGCCUCAGCCAGUGUUGAACAAAAGGAUGAUGUGGAACUGGAGGAGGCGCCAUCUAGUAUGUACGAGUUUGAGGGGGUGGAUUACACCAAGGAACCCUCAGCGGCUGACAAAAAGGCAUUCGAGGACCUCCUUUCUACUGAACAGCUGAUAGUGGAGGAAGACUAUUCCGGAGAGAGGUCACUAAGGAAGAAGUCUGUGAUGUUCAGUCCGCUGACUGAGACGUCCAGACGAGCGAAAACACAACUCACCCCUGAGGAGAUUGAGGAGAGAAACAGAAAGAGGAAGGAGACUCUUGAAAGAAAAGCUAAAGAGGCUGAAGAACGAGCCAAGAAGAGGGCUGAACAACAGAGGAAAAAAUUGGAAGAACUUUGGACCGCAAACAGUUACGUUUCCAGCUGUGUCACAUUUGAUAGUGAUGAUGAAGGCUCUGAAGAUGAAGAGAAAGAUUCUAGAUUAAAACUGGAUGAGGAGGAAGAUGAUGGAGGACAGAAAAGUCAUGCCAUUCACUACGUCAGUGGUGAUGUCACUCACCCAGUACAGACUAAAACCGGUGUUAAUCUUGUUGUCCACUGUGCUGAUGACUCGGGAUGGUGGGGUAAAGGCGGGGUGUUCACAGCAAUCUCCAAACGAAGUCGCUCCGUGGAGGAGCAGUAUGAGCUGGCAGCUAAAAUGAAGGACAUACGUGUCGGAGAUUGUCACCUUAUUUCCAUGGAUGAUAAGUCUGGGUCGGGAGAUGUGGAGGACUGGAUGUGUCUUAUCAUAGCCCAGCACAGGGACAAAAAGAACAAUUCUCUGACUGGAAUCAAAUUAUCUGCACUGAGAGAUGGACUGAAGAUGGUGUAUAAAUUGGCAAAAGCUCGUAAAGCGAGUGUCCACCUGCCUAGGAUUGGUCACGAUACUCCAGGAUUUAACUGGUACGGUACAGAGAGGUUGAUUCGGAAGCAUCUGUCUGCAAGAGGAGUUCCCACGUACAUUUAUUAUUAUCCCAGAAAGCAGAAAGGGGUGAAGAGGAAAAGUGAAGACACACCCAGUAACUCAAAAUUCCUAGCCAAGAAGAGUACAGCUUCCAGCAUCAGUUCCACGAAUGGCUGUACCAGCAGCAAGCUACUAGACAUAUUUACCAGAAAAUGCAUUUACCUACAUCCGUCUAACUUGAAACCCGACAGGUUGAGGCAAUACAGACGAAAGAUCAUUGCUUAUGAUGGUGAUGUUGCUAAAGAAUUCACCUCCGAAGUAACACAUGUUGUAGCAGAUCCAAAAUGUGAGAAGGCAGCGGCUGUAUGGUUGAAAUCCACAGUGAAAUGUCCCAUAGUGACAGUUGAUUGGUUAGAUUGUUGUCUUCAGAGAAGGAGGCUCGUACCUGUGCAGUCUUAUAUACAUCCUGCCUGUGAUAGUACUUGAAGGAUGAGGAGAUCGUCUGACGCUUUCCGUCCAAUUCAAGAGUUUUCCUGAUGGAGCCAAAGUUGGCAUUAGAGUAGCAACUCUUGGUGUUGAAGUAGUCCUGAUCUGUGAUAUUUUACGUAGUACUCCCAGCUGAAUAUUAGUUGAUGUUAUGUGAAUUCUCAUACACAAGUCCAUUAAUGUACUGUAGUUGGAAGAAAUGAAAUACGGUACCAUAGAUCAUUGUGUAUGUUAAUGAUAAAUCACUUAUUCUCUCAAGGUCACACACAUGUAGUGUACAGGUAUUUUCUCAUUACUGAUUUGGCAAAUUGUUAGUUUUUGGUUCUUGAAAUGAUUUUAAAGGAGUUUUUCCUUUAGAUAUAUUCUUUUGUAACACUUUAAAUUUCUAUUUUGGCCCCCAAUAAUAGUUCUGAAUCUGAAAAUUUUAUUUUGGUGUAAAAAAAUUGCUAUUAUAGUUUUGUAUGUAAUUUCAACCAUAAUCAUUGAUGAAAUUAAAACUAAGUUUUAAAAAUU